GGUAAAGCAAAAGCAGUUUUCUUCUGUCUACAUGAAAUAUCUCUGAAAAUGGAGAAUGGAUAUUAGUGUACUAGCAAUUUUGCUGUAAACUGUGCCUGAAGGAUUGCUUGCUAAUUCUGCUUGGAGAAGGAAGACUGGUGAACGUAACAAUUUUGUGUUUUGUAAAUACAAGACCGAUGGCAAUCGAAAAGGUGACAGAUAUCCCUUCUGAUAAUGUGUAUGCUUAUGCAUUAUCAAAAACCCUCACAAAAGUCUCUUCUCCUGUGACGGUGGGUUUGUAUUCAGAAUGUCACAACAGGAUCAACAUGGUCCUCAAGAACAUUGAGGUUCAUAUGAAUCAAGAGGCCAAAAGAAGAGAAGAGAAGUACACUAAGGAACCAAAGCCUCGCUCAAUUACACUCUCUAUUUCUGACAUGCUCUCUCUGAUCUUGCGGCUCCUCUUCUAUCGGCCUGUGUGGACGGUGCAGAACCAGAACAUGAAGAACGUUCGUUAUAUGUUCGUGAGGUUCAGUGCAUGGCAUUUUGCAGGCAGUGACCUUCUCUGGGCGGGACUGGUAAUGCAGUUGACCAAGGCUCUUCAGAACAGCUUCGGUAAACUCCAGCUAGGCCUCUUCCGGAUCGCCCAACAUGAUGCAGAGAAAGAUGAAGGGAAAAAGAAGAUUGAGGAUAUUCCAAAGAACUGGAGGUCCAAAAAGUUGGGCUGCAUUCCCAUUUGGGCGCUAAUACUUAUAGGAUUCAUUGGUUCACUUGUUAUUCUGGUUCCUCUAAUCAUGUUUGGAUUUCCUGAUCUGAAAAAACACCAAGAAGGAGAAAAGGUUGGGGAGUCAAGUGGUGCACUGGAAGGUUUCGCCAUCGCUGUACUUGGUGUUCCUGCAGUCGGAGCUCUAAGGUUUAUAUUUUUGUUGUUAAAGAACCUCAUCUUCAACCAGGACCUCAAAAUUAGACAAGGGCUGGACAACAAGAAGGUAAGUCAGCAGCUGGGACUGAUGCAUGAAGUUCGGAAGGAGAUGAGACUGCUCUGCUGCUUCAUUUACUUCAUGGAGAUCUUUGAAAGGAGGAGAAUCAGGGUGGUGUUGGAGAUCACAAACUUGGACCGCUGCACACCAAAGAAAAUCGUAGGCGUUUUGGAUGCCAUCAAUAUUCUCCUAUCUGAUGAAGAGAGUCCCUUAAUUUCUGUGCUCGCUGUAGAUCCGGAAGUCCUGGUUAGACAGGUCCAACAGGCAGAAGACUGUCUAAGCAAAAGAGACCCUGCAUUUGAAUUUCUAGAUCGCAUAAUUACACUGCCCUUCACUGUACCUCAACUAUCUGAUGCAUCAAAGUCAAUAAUCUUUGAAAACAUUGUGCGUGGUCAGUCUGAGAUCCCUGAAGACAUUCCUCUUGAGGAGACUGGAGUAUCUACUUUAGGAGGGCCCGGGACAUCGUUCUUGGUUGAAGAUGAGUGUUCGGUAAAAUACAGUGAGACUGAAGAAGAACAAGUCAUUCCUUUCAUAGCAAAAAAAGGAAACUUUGCUGCAGCAGAACUUAAUCUAGAAGAAGUGUAUAAGUUAACUGAGUCUGCAUUUUCCUGCAUCACCUCAAGAGAUAAAAGCAAACUUCAAACUUACAUAUCUGGAGACACAAUGUCCAUGAGACGAGUGAUUAACUCCAUUCGAGUAACUAUUAUGAUUAUGGAGACCCGGAAAUUGGAGCCUCCACCUCCAGAGAAAAUUGCUGCAUGGGUGGUUUUGGUGGACCGCUGGCCUUGCAGAUUAAGUUGGAUUCUUCAGUGUGUUGAAGAUGACAGACAGAGUGACGAGAUAGACAGAUCAUUCUGUGCUGCUGAUAAUACCAAGACACUAUGGGAAGUGUUCAAUUACAAUAGCCUGGAGCUCUGCAUCAUUGGAUAUGCAGUGGAGAACUUUCUGGAAAGAGACUGGGACCCUGAGCUCUUUGAGAUUUUCCUUAGGAAAGACUUCAAGUUCACUGUAGGGGAGUUGGAAAUAUUUAAGCUUUGCACAGUGAACUUAAACUACACCAUCAAGAAUGAGCUGGCCAGGGUCCGUGGGAGCCGCAGACUCAAGAGAGCAGGGAGAAAUGCUUUCCUGUCCCUCUCAUCACGAACUGUAAUGAACAUGAAAAUGGAAGAUAUUUGUCAAGAGCUGUCAAAACUGAGUUUCCAAGAGAAAUACCUCGAAAUGGUAAGGGAAAAUUUCAUAGAUGGCAGAACAAUUCUCUUCAGUGACCCCAAAGACCUCAGGCAAGUCCUGCAAAUGACUCUGGGUGAAUGGAUGACUUUUAAAAUGCAUUUCCUUGGGGUCAUACCUGCUAGUCGGCCAGCUCAGGCAAAAACUCUUCCAAACGACACAAACCCUGGAGUGGUCAUAAGCCCAUCUGGCCAUGGCCAGUAAGCAGUAUAAACUGACCUUGAAGUUUGCAUCACUGCAUUUUUCCUCCUGUGCGUGCUUGCAAUGAAAUAAGAAUGUUUCAGGAAAGAAUACUGCAUAACUACAAAAAUAUAAUGCCCUUACGACAAAGCAAAAACAAGAUUGUAAAUGUACACCAGUGAAUCAGACUACUCAACAAAUGAUGACAUUUAAAAAUAGAGCUUUGUUAUGCAGAAAACUUUCAGUCUUCAAACAGAUCAAAUUUGUAACAUGCAUUAUUUAUAAUGGUAAAAAGAAGGUUUGCUUCUCUUAACU